AUGAAAGAACAAGAAAAUGAGACCAAAUCAGAGAGUGGAAGCCCGAAAAGACCGGUAAAACUAAAGUUGAAACUCCCUUCACGACAAUCGACCUUACACAAAAACGAACAUAUCGACAAGGAUAACAUUUUCCCGCAACAAAUCCUUCGGUACCCGCCAUUCGAGGUGCGAUUCGUUGGAGAGGGUCUCUUACAAGCUUACAACAGGGAUAGGCUUGACUUUUUGCAGGCAUCAAAUAGUGAACAGUUGGAGAACGCGCGUCUCCUUUGCUCGUUUCCCCUCAAAAAUGAGUUCGAUGAUAAAAAGAGCCGUGUCACUUCUCAAACUUUUCUCGAGCUUUCCGCUCUGUCAGCGACGGGGUUUUUCGAUGGAAGUGAGAUCAAUCAUCGAUCAUAUUUGAUACGCGGUGAUGCAGAAAGAAGUCCGGUACUUGAUGCGAUGAUAAAUCCGGUGGAAACCUGUUGGGUGGUGGUGACGAGAUAUCGGCCUCUAAAAGACGAUAUCGUCAUCUCUGCCUAUGAUUUGGCGUCACAAAAUGAGGAAACGCAAGAAACGAAGCUUCUCUUCUCAGUUGUGACAAAAGAAAAACACGUUGGAACAACUUGGUUUUAUGACAAUCCGGACAUGCUCCUAUUGGUGACAUCAAGAACGAUUCGGCUCUUUGAGAUCAGUGCUUCGUCGACACCGAUUGGGAUUCUGUAUGUCGUGAAUUGCGAGUUGAAAGCGAUUUGUGCAAAUCUUCAUCGUCCAACAGCGUUCGCUUGUCUCACCACCGAUUCGGUGCUGAUUUUCGAUCGAAGGCUUCUCUGGUGUCCCAUAUCAAUUGUCAAUAUUAGUCCACAAUGCCAACACCCAUUGAGCACGUCGUUCCGAAUCCGUUUCAAUCCGAUGCGAGCCGAUGAGCUGGUCGUCUAUGUUGAAGGAGCCGAAGCAAUGGCUCGCGUCUUUAUCUCAUCACCCGGAGAUCUUCACUUUUUGACAAAAUCGCCUCAUCGCUUACGCACUGGAGGCAGUUACGUUGAGCUAUCAACUUUGGGUUUGAGUGAGUCGAAUGUCACUCAAGAAAUCAUUGAGAGGAGGACAAGUUUCGAUGAUGAAAAAGAGACGGCUUUCUGUUGGGGGAAGCAAGAGCCAGCGAAUAAAUUAAGUGGAACAAAGCGAUUGGAAAGACAAUUAUCGCCACCACUUUCUCGAUCUUUGGACUGUCCUCAUCCACUUGAAGUGAUUGAAGAGAUGCCAGCAUUGAGGCGACGCUUCUCUUGUCCGGAUCUCUAUCUGCAACAAGUAAAAGAACUCUCUUUGGAACCCCCAGUUAGCCCAUUCUAUGCUCACAAUCGAACGCCCACCCCGGCUAGUACAAGUGAUGACCCGUGGAGACAUCGAAAAUAUCAACUUUUCAAUGCACCAAAAUCUCAUUGUAUCGAAAUGAUGAAAGAUAUCGAGGAGCGAGUGAGAGAAAAAUAUGCACAUGAAGACGAUGAAGAAUUUGAAGGAAAUGAACGAGAAGACGGAAUUUUGAUCAAACGGAAAAGGAGCUAUUGGAAGCUGGGAAAGGAAAUAAGACAGAAAACCAGCUUGAUGUGCCGUCAAAUCGAGGAGCGUCUCGUUCAUUGCCCGGCUCGUCGGCUCUUGAUCGGGACACCUCAUCACUACUUGAUGAUGAGGAUGAUUUCGAUGAGAAACGAAGGAGAACCGAUUCGGUUUAUCGACGAA